GCGCGGGCCGCCGCCGCCCCCGCCCCGCGCCGCCCGCGCGCAACAGUUCCCCCAAAGUUGCGGCCGGGAGGCGGGCGCGCCCGGGCGGGCGGCGGGGGACGCGGCCUGGAGGCCCCGCGCGCAGCGUCCCGGCGGGCGGCGGCGGCGGCAUGGGCACGCGGCAGACCAAGGGCAGCCUGGCGGACAGAGGCAGCCCCGGCGCGGCGCCCGGGCCCCGCCGCGAGCGGCCCGACUUCUGGGCGUCGCUGCUGCUGCGCGCCGGGGACAAGGCGGGGCGCGCGGGCGCGGGCGCGGGGCUGCCCCCCUACCACCGGCGCGUCGGCAUGGUCCAGGAGCUGCUGCGGAUGGUGCGCCAGGGCCGGCGGGAGGAGGCGGGCACGCUGCUGCAGCACCUGCGCCAGGACCUCGGGAUGGAGUCAACCUCGCUGGACGACGUUCUGUAUCGCUAUGCCAGCUUCCGGAACCUCGUGGACCCCAUCACCCAUGACCUCAUCAUCAGCCUGGCGCGAUAUAUCCACGGUCCCAAGCCGGAAGGCGACGCGCUGGGUGCCAUGGAGAAGCUGUGCCGGCAGUUGGUGUACCACCUCAGCCCCCACUCUCGGUGGAGGCGGCACCGGGGGCUGGUGAAGAGGAAGCCGCAGUCCUGCCUCAAGGCCAUCCUGACCGGGAGCCCCCUGGAUGACACGGUGGACCUGUCGGGCAUCCCGCUGACGGCGCGGGACCUGGAGCGGGUGAGCAGCUACCUGCAGCGCUGCGGGGAGCAGGUGGCCAGCGUGGAGCUGGGCUUCACGGGCCUCACGGACGACAUGGUGCUGCAGCUGCUGCCCGCGCUCGGCGCCCUGCCCCGCCUGGCCACGCUCACCCUCAACGGCAACCGGCUGACGCGGGCGCUGCUCCGCGACCUCACCGAGGCCCUCAAGGACCCGAGCAGGUUCCCCAGCGUCACGUGGAUCGACCUGGGCAACAACGUGGACAUCUACUCGCUGCCCCAGGCCUUCCUGCUCAGCCUGCGCAAGCGCUCCCCGAAGCAGGGCCAGCUGCCCACCAUCCUGGAGCUGGGCGAGGGGCCGGGCAGCGGGGAGGAGGACCCCGGAGGGGGUUCCAGAGCCUGGAGCUGCGGCUCAGACGUGACGGGGAGAGGGGGGGCCUCACCAGGAGAUCUUGUGGGGCAGGAUGGCUGAGGCAGACCGGGGCUUCCACCAAAGUGGGCUGGGCCCACCCCUGGGAGCCAGAUCCUGGCAUCUGGAAGGGCACUCUGAAAUGUCCCCCUGGUCAUCUCCAUCUCCCUGCCCCUCGCCCCCUGCAAAUUCCAUUAUCUGCCCUUCGGCUCCAGAGAUGUCAUCGCUGGCUCAAGGGUGCCCCCCUCAGCUCAGCCCCCCCACCCCGGGCUUGUGGGUGCAGUAAGGUUUGGAGGUGCUGGAAGUUUGAGCCAAUGUGAAGUAACAAGAGCUUUUUGCCAGGAAAGGGGUGAAGUUAGGGCCCUACUAGGGUUAGGGCCCAGGGUUCCCCAAUUUUGCAUUAAGCUUACUCAAGGGGAGCCAAUUCCUGGCAGGUUGGACUUGACCCCAAGCCCUGACUGAGGGCCAGGGCUAGUUCCAGGCUAAUUUUCGGAGAUGGUGGACUGAAAAAAGGUCAUUACUCUACCUCCUAGAGCCCCAGGUUAUGAUCCAGCCUCAGCCUGGGCCCCCCCCCCCCCCCACCGAGCCUGCCCCCCAUGCCCCAUGAUGCACAGGCCCAGGUGUCCCCAAGAGCAGGCCCGAGUGGGCCCACUUUCUACCCUGGGCAGCUAGCCCAGUAAAUUCUUCCCCAUAAAGUUUCUUAUAGGGACUGCCCCUGGUGGAAACUUUUUAUACCUCUUGUGCACAUUCCUAAAAUACUGGGUUACUCUUACAGAGGCACUUUCCCAGUCUCUGACCUAGUGCCUCCCAUCAAGAGAGCCACGGGUGGGGGAUAGACAGGCGGGGUCCCCAAGGGAGUAGUCAGCCAAGGCCUUCCCCUGACCCCUUUCCCUCACCCAGAUCCCUUCUGGGAAAAGACCUUUCCAGUUAGUCUGCAGUUCCCACCAGGAGCCCCAAUAUGGAUGAGCUAGGGGCAAGCUAUGCAAAAGGGACAGCUCAGAGGAAGUGGCAGGGACUGAAUGCGGAGGCCUUAAAUGCUCUGGAUUCUUGUCCUCAAAGUACAAUAUCUAAAAGGGGAGAAAGCUUUUGAAAGGGUGGUCUACCUGGAUGUCGAGAAGCUUUGUAACUGAAUUCCUGGACUGCUAGCAUCUGGCAAAGCAGUAGUUGAAUUUAAUCUUUUCUUCAAAUACAUUUUUAAGAACCAA